AUGAAGGAGCUUUUGCUUUCCAACUUUGUCGCCGCUCAGUCUGCACAGGGCCCAAUUGUGGUCUCGAUUGCUAUUGACCGGAAAGGCUGUGUCAGGAUUCUGAUCAGGACAACUCAGGGAAGCGAAAGGAUCGAGCACCCAUCAUCGACGCACUCGAUCCCCUGGUACAGAAAAUUCUUCCUAGGAGGUUUCCUCUUCAACAACAGCAACAGUCCGUCGUACCAUCUCUCAAUUCUGAGCCAACUCUGUCCUGCAAUCCCCAUCGAGUCAUUGGAACCAUGUCACCAUCGCGACUUGCCGCGCGAACUGGAGAGGAUGGAGGAGCGACAGGUGAUUAGGUCUUACAAGUUCGGUGUCGUCAUGCUCCUGCCAGGGCAGACUCUGGAGUAUCAAGGCCUGACGAAUACGAAAGAAUCAUGCACGCCUGAAUUCUUGGACUUUUUGACCUGGUUGGGAGAACCAGUCCAACUUCAGGGAUGGAAGGGAUACAGGGCAGGAUUGGAUGUCAUCGGGGACACCACAGGAGAGAAGUCCGUUUACACAAACUGGAAUGGAUACCAAAUCAUGUACCAUUGUGCGCCCUUGAUGCCGUUCAAUCCCAAGGACCGACACCAAGUCGAACGUCGCCGAUUCAUCGGGAACGAUAUCGUGGUCAUUGUGUUCAAGGAGGACGACGAUGACGAACAGUUUGACCUCUCUAGCGUUGGAUCGCGACAGAACCUGGCAGUCAAGGACGGGAUCCGCAACUUUUCACCACUCCAUUUUCCUACGGUUUUGCAGCGAGACGACGCAUCAAGGGAUCUCUUCCUACUCAAAUUGAUCUGUGGAGAACGGGCAGCGUACAGGGCCAAGGCGUUUGCAACGCAGCUGUCAAGGACACGAGAGUCGUUACUUCGGGAUGUCAUUGAAACACACCAAUAA